AUGUCCAUCAUCCCUCAACACACGGCCGCUUCGCUGAGCGAUGCCUGGCGCACCAUCAACAUCGACGCUCUCGAAGAGGACUCGCCCCUUAACUUCGACACCUCUACCCUCCGCCCCCCACAAUCCGAGAUUAGCGAGGCCGACGUGCGAGGGCUGGCGGGCCAAGUGCGACAGCUGCUACGAGGCGGUGAUACGGAGGGUGCCCUGAGGGGAUGUCUUGAGUUUCCCGUUUAUAAUGGGACUGAUGCUGCCAAGGACGCCCACCUCCAAACUAUCACCGAAGUUCUCCAUUCUAUCAAAGCGUCUGAAAUGACGCCCCUUCUUCAGACUAUCUACGCUUCUGCUGGCGGUUCCGAGCUACUCGACGUCCUCAUGAAGUACAUCUACAAGGGAAUGGGUGCCGCGGCGCCCCCUGCCCGACCCGGCGGCAGCAGUGCGGGGGUCACUCCACAGCCGACAGGCUUCAGCCAGAUUGGCGCUGGACGGCCCGGCGCCGGCAACGAAAAUGUCGGUGCGGCGAUGAGUGUGUUGCUGAGCUGGCAUGAGAAAGUUGUUGAUGUUGCGGGGCUGGGUUGCAUAGGCAGGGUCAUGGCCGACUGGAGAAGGGUUUGA